AGAUACAGAAGGACAGCAGGGAAAGCCAGAAGGGUUGGGUCUAAAUGGAGGAAAGGAAGUAGAUAAGAGGGAUCACACGGACGGUAAAACAACCGAGCCCCAACACCAAAGGGUUGAUCAAUCGUCUUCUUCAUCAUCUUCUGGCAGCCCUGGCAGCAAGAGUGGCAACGAUGGUAACUCGGAGAAUACUUCCGAGAGAAAUGAAUCCUCCGAUGAGACACUGACAGAAGAAGAAAACAAUCUUCGCAGUAAAUCUGACAGUCCUGAAGAGAAGGCGGAAGAAGAACCAAAAAAAACAGGAGACAAAAAAAGCUUAAGUCAUGAGGCACCAACAGAGACACGUGGAAGUCCAGCCAAGGAUGCAGAAAUACAAACAGCAACACCAUCGCUACCACCAGCAACAAUGAAUGGACCGUCCAGCACUGAGGAUUUACCACCCGUGCAACCGCUAAAACGCGUCCAAGACGACAAUGCAGAAUCAAGGCCACCAUCACCCACGGCAAACGGUGGUGCCGCCAAUAAUGAAGCUGACAAGAGCACUGAAGGGGACAUCCCGAGCAAUGAUUCAGCAGCUGAUGGUGCAGGGGCAGGAGAGGGAAAACCGGAUGAAAAUAAAGAAGCCAAUCCAAAGGAAACACCAGUCGAAGCCACAGCCAUGAAAAAUACAACGGCGACGACUGGCGACAGUGACGGCAGCACCGCGGUCUCGCACACCACCUCCCCUCUCUUGCUUCUCCUUGUUGUUGCGUGUGCGGCUGCGACUGCUGCGGUGGUGGCCGCGUGA